AUGGUACGUACGUUCCGGGAUGGUCAUACCAUCUAUCAGAGCUGCGGCAAAACGCAUGAGCUGGGGACAGCUUUCAUAGUGAUGGGCGAGAUGCGGAAGCGGGUGAUUGGGUGGUGGCCAAUCAGCCCUCGAAUGUGCAGGUUGAGAAUCAAAGGCCGGUUCUUCAACAUCAGUAUCAUAAACGUGCACAGCCCUCACCUCGGAAGUACCGAAGACGACAAGGAUGAAUUCUACGCGCAGUUGGAGCGUGAGUACGACCACUGCCCAAAACAUGAAAUCAAGAUCGUCAUCGGGGAUUUCAACGCCCAGGUCGGCCAGGAGAAGGAAUACAAACCGGUGAUUGGAGGGUUCAGCGCCCACCAGCGUACCAAUGAAAUGGGCCUGAGACUUAUCGACUUUGCCACCUCCAAGAACAUGGCCGUACGUAGCACAUGCUUCCAGCACAGCCUCCUACACAAGUACACCUGGAGGUCACCAAAUCAAACAGAGACUCAGAUCGACCACGUUCUGAUUGAUUGCCGACACUUCUCAGACAUCACCGACGUCCGAUCCUACAGGAGCGCUAACGUCGACUCGGACCACUACCUAGUGAUGGUUAAGAUGCGCCCAAAACUAUCCGGAGUUAAUAAUGUUCGGUACCAACGCCCGCCCCGGUUAGACCUUGAGCGAUUGAAACAGUCUGACGUCGCCGAAGACUACGCGCAUUCGCUCGAAGCUGCGCUGCCGGAUGAGGACGAGCUGGAGGAAACGCCUCUCGAGAACUGUUGGAACUCCAUCAAAACAGCCAUCAACAGCGUAGCCGGGAACGUCAUCGGGCACGUGAGACAAACCCAACGGAACGAGUGGUUCGACGACGAAUGUAGGAGGGUGAUGGAUGAGGAGAACGCUGCGAGGGCGGUUAAGUUGCGCAGUGGCACCCGUCAGAACGUGGAAAGACAUAGACAGAAGAAGAUGCAGCGAACCAGAAUCUUCCGGGAGAAGAAGCGCCACCUGGAGGAGGAGGGGUAUGCAGAGCUGGAAAACCUGCAUCAUUCUCAGGAAACGCGAAAGUUCUACCAGAAACUCAACGCAUCCCGCAGAGGCUUUGUGCCGCGAGCCGAAAUGUGCCGGGAUAAAGACGGUAGUAUUCUGACGGGCGAUCGUGAGGUGACCGAAAGGUGGAAGCAGCACUACGACGAACACCUGAAUGGCGCGCAGGCAGAGGACCAUGGCGGCGGAGAGAGCGAUCCCGUCGGUGUGACAAACGUGGAAGACGUACCAGCCCCAACGAUAAGCGAAGUUAAGGACGCCAUCAAGCAGCUGAAGAAUAAUAAAUCGGCUGGGAAGGAUGGUCUCGGAGCGGAGCUUAUAAAGAUGGGCCCGGAAAAGCUGGCCAGCUGUUUACACCGGCUGAUUGCAAGAAUAUGGGACAUAGAACAGCUACCGGAGGAGUGGAAAGAUGGGGUUAUCUGCCCUAUAUAUAAAAAAGGCGACAAAUUGGACUGUGCGAACUACCGUGCGAUCACUAUCUUGAAUACCGCCUAG